CGGCGGGCUUAUCAUCAGAAACCACCCAAAAAAUCAAGAACCGGCAGGGGGAGCGAGAACCAACCUUCCCCAUCGCCUUCUCCAUCAUUUCUUCCUCUUCUUUAAACUACUUCCCUCCCAGUCGCCACCAUGUCCUCCUCUCUCCUGCCAUCGACCCACCUCCUCCUCUCGUCUAAAGACCGGAUCUCGCCCUUCUCUGGGCAAUCUCCUCUCAAGAACCUGGGGAGCAGCAGCGCCAGAGCUUUAUCCACUCGCCAAUGGAAGUGGAGGUGCCACUCCUCGGACCAGGAGCAGCCCCCGAAGCAGAAGCAACAGCGGAAGAAGCCGCCUCGGCGCUCCCCAACCAAGAAAUCGGAGCCCAACGCCGACCCCGUCGGGUUCCUCUCCAAGAAAGGCAUCUCCGACCGGGCGUUCGCUCAGUUCCUCCGUGAGCGGCAUAAGGCCUACAAGGACCGGAAAUUCGAGUUGUUUUCCCGUUUUAUUGAUUUGAAGGAGGCAUCUGCGGGGUAUGAGAUAUUAGGGAUGCAUCGGCACAGGGAGCAUCGGGUGGAUUACAUGGAGUGGGCCCCAGGUGCUCGGUAUUGUGCACUUCUUGGUGACUUUAAUGACUGGUCACCGACAGAAAAUAGUGCGAGAGAAGGACAUUUGGGGCACGAUGAUUUUGGCUAUUGGUUUAUCAUUCUUGAGGAUAAGCUUAGGGAUGGUGAAGAACCAGAAGAAUAUUAUUUUCAAGAGUACAAUUAUGUGGAUGACUAUGACAAAGGUGACAAUGGCAUUAAUGCUGAGGAACUACUUAAAAAAAUAAAUGAUGAAUAUUGGGAACCUGGAGAGAUCUGGCCUCUGAAUUCACGUUUAGAGUUGGCUGCUAAGUUAUAUGAACAGAUGUUUGGUCCCAAUGGUCCCCAAUCAGAAGAAGAACUAGGUGAAAUACCUGAUGCUGAAACACGAUACAAGGAAUGGAAAGAAACCCAGAAAAACGGUUCUGACAACAACUUACCAAACUAUGAGGUCAUUGAUGAUGGAAGGAAGUUUGAUAUAUGCAGUGUUAUAAGUGAUCCGGUAACGCAGGAGAAAUUUCGAGCAAAGAAACCUCCUCUUGCAUACUGGAUAGAAAUGAGGAAAGGACGAAAAGCAUGGUUAAAAAAGUAUAUGCCUGCUAUUUCUCAUGGAAGUCGGUACAGGGUUUAUUUCAAUACUCCUGAUGGGGCUUUGGAACGAGUUCCUGCUUGGGCAACGUAUGUUCUUCCAGACGGAAACAAGCCUUAUGCAGUAUACUGGGAACCUCCUCCAGAAGAUAUUUAUAAGUGGAAGAAUAAGCAUCCAGAAGUUCCAAAGUCACUUCGCAUAUAUGAAUGUCAUGUUGGAAUAAGUGGAUCAGAGCCGAAAAUAUCUUCCUUCAAAGAAUUUACUUCUAAGGUUCUUCCACAUGUGAAAAAUGCAGGUUAUAAUGUCAUUCAGUUAAUUGGGGUCAUUGAGCAUAAAGAUUAUUCCUCUGUUGGUUACAAAGUCACUAAUUUCUUUGCUGUUAGCAGUAGAUUUGGCACUCCUGAGGACUUCAAGUGUUUGGUUGAUGAAGCGCAUGGUCUUGGGAUUCUGGUUUUUUUAGAUAUUGUCCAUUCUUAUGCAUCAGCUGAUGAGUUGGUUGGAUUAUCACUGUUUGAUGGAUCAAAUGACUGCUUCUUUCAUACUGGUAAACGAGGACAUCAUAAAUAUUGGGGUACUAGACUGUUCAAAUAUGGCGAUGUAGAUGUGUUACACUUUCUUUUGUCUAAUUUGAAGUGGUGGGUUACAGAAUAUCAGGUUGAUGGCUUCCAGUUCCACUCACUUUCCUCCAUGAUGUAUACACACAAUGGUUUUGCUACUUUUACUGGUGAGAUGGAGGAGUAUUGUAAUCAAUAUGUUGACAAGGAUGCUUUGAUAUAUCUCAUUUUAGCAAAUGAGAUGCUACAUGAACUUCAUCCAAAUAUCAUCACAAUUGCAGAAGAUGCAUCAUUCUAUCCUGGGUUAUGUGAAUCAACAACUCAAGGAGGACUUGGAUUUGACUACUGUGUCAAUUUUUCUGUGUCAGAAAUGUGGUUAUGGCUUCUUGAAAAUGUCCCUGAUCAGAACUGGAGCAUGAAUAAGAUUGUGAGCGUUCUUGUAAGCAACCAGCAGAGCAGUAACAAUAUGCUUCUGUAUGCUGAGAAUCAUAAUCAGUCAAUCUCAGGAGGGAGGUCUUUUUCAGAAAUUUUGUUCAACAGAGCAAGUGAACAAUUGAUUGGGUCGGAUGACAUUGUGUUUAAAGGUUCCUCAUUGCACAAAAUGAUCAAAUUAAUUACAUUUACCAUUAGUGGGCGUGCAUACCUCAAUUUUAUGGGCAAUGAAUUUGGACAUCCAUAUAAAGUUGAAUUUCCUAUGACAAGCAACAACUAUUCAUAUACUUAUGCAAAUCGUCGAUGGGAUUUGUUGACAGAAAAAGGAGUGCAUAGUGAUCUUUUUAACUUUGAUAAGGACAUGAUGAGGCUGGAUGAAAAUGAACAAAUACUUUUGAGAGGUCUGUCAAAUGUUCACCAUGUGAAUGACUCUAGUAUGGUCAUAUCCUACAUCAGAGGACCACUCCUGUUCAUGUUCAACUUUCAUCCAGAAACCUCAUAUCAAGCAUAUCGCAUUGGGGUAGAAGAAGCUGGGGAAUAUCAGAUAAUAUUCAACACUGAUGAAAUCAGCUAUGGUGGACAAGGUGAGCUUAAGAGUGAUCAGUAUCUUCGAAGAACAAGUACCAAAAGGAGUGAUGGUUGUCGGAACUCCUUGGAGGUGGCAUUGCCUUGUAGAAGUGCUCAGGUAGGUAUACAAAUUGGUGCGAAUUUUGAGAAUGUGAAUGGUGCUGCCACUUGCAACAGUUUGAUAAUUAAUUUGGGGUUACUAAUGGAAAUUGGUAUGAGAUUAACAAUUUUGGGUGCUUUCAAAGACUGCAUCUCUAGUGCAUGUAAUGGAGCUGCAGUGAUGCUUGUGUUCGAAGGUUUUUAAGAGCUUUGAACAAACUAUACAUCAGGUGGAAUUAAGCA